ACGUCCGGGUCGGGACCGCCGGGUGUUGGGGCGGAGGAGAUCGGUGGGGGAGCUGAGGGCGUCCUCUCGCAAUGGAGAUUUCGUCUCAUCAAACCCGCCUGCUCGAGCACCUCGACAGGCAGCGCAAACAGGAGAUGUUCUGCGACUGCCGGAUCGUGGUGGAGGACCGGGUCUUCAAAGCUCACCGCAAUGUCCUGUUUGCCAGCAGCGGCUACUUCCGCAUGCUGCUCCUCCACAACGCCCAGGAAGCCGGAAAGCCCACCGUGGCCACCUUCGACGUCUUCUCCGCCGACGCUUUCGUGAUCAUCUUGGACUUCGUGUACUCGGGCCGGCUGUCGCUCACCAGCCAGAACGUGAUCGACGUGAUGUCGGCCGCCAGCUACUUGCAGAUGACGGACGUCAUCGGCGUCUGCAAAAGCUUCAUCAAAUCCUCCCUGGACAUCAGCGAGAAAGAGGAGAGGUACUUCAGCCACUCGAGCAGCAAGAAGAGCAAGUGCGGCGAGGGGGCGUCUGUCUUUGCCGGGACCGCCCGGAGUUUGGAGUCCGGUCUCGUCCAGGCUCAGAAGAACCCGGACGUGGGGAGGAUUCUCGGACACUCCUGGCGAAGCUUUAACUUGCAUCAUCCGAUGGCGAGCUUGCAGGACGCCACGGGGGAUCAGUCGCAGAACUCCUUCGCCGACAGUCGGACGUACGAGGAGGUCUCCUCCGAACUCCCUGCUUUCAAGUCCGUUGGCUCUGCCUCCUCGUCCCCGCGAGUGUCUGAACAGAUAAACAUGGGUUCGCAAACCGAGGAGAAAAAGCUGCUGGAUUCUGAACUGAACGCGUCCCAUCUGAGUUACCAGUUCCAGCCGGAGCAGGAGGCGCUGCCCGCGGCCUGGCCCCAGGGGAGGAAGGAGCGCAACUCUGAACACCAGCCCUCUCGAACCAGAGGGCAAAAGACCGAUGAUUGGUAUCCCCCAAUGCCCACAAUUCUGGAAGUUGUGGGCGACUGGAGUGGAGACAGUACAGGUGACUACGGGAUGUUACCGAAUAUGAAGUUCAAAUGCCCGUUUUGUACACAUACAGUGAAGCGUAAAUCCGACUUGAAGCGGCACCUUCGGUCACACACGGGAGAGAGGCCUUAUCCCUGCGACUCAUGCGGCAAGAGAUUCACCCGACUCGAGCACCUCCGCAGUCACGUCAUAACCAUCCACAAGUCCGGGAAGCUCCUCAAUUGCAAAGUCUGCAGAAAGUCAUUCACGGGCAUGGCUGCUAAAAUCGUGCAACAUCACGGAAAGUGCUACGGUUUGUGCAGUAACUGCGUGAGCCUGAUGAACUCAGUUCACGACGACGAGCCCAUUGACCUGGAUCCUCAACCGGACCACGAUGUGGAAUUUCAGGAAAGCGACAGAGAAUCGGGGUGGAUUUCUGCCGAGCCAGAGGGGGAGAGUGAGAUCCUGAGCUCGGGAGGAGAAGGCUCUGGAAGCAACGAGAUUCACACGGUCCAUGAAAUUCUGGAUGACGCGGAUGAAAAAGUCCAGAUCUGUCACAAAGUGGAGAGCCGUCAUUGAGACUGAGGCAACUAAUCCUGUGUUGUGUUUUUAAACGUUCAUUUUUUUAUUAAAAAAACACAGUAUCCAGGGAUACUGCAAAACGACAAAAUG